AUGACUAACAGUGUCGACAUAUUUCUGAGUAGACCCAGAUACAUUCUGAGGUAUUUGGGUAUAUGGCCAAAGGAAAAUCAUAUGAUUGUCCAUUCUAUUUAUAAAGCCUUCGUUAUGAUGACGCAGUAUUCAUUUAUAUUGUUCGAAUUUAUUUAUAUCGCGGACGUUUGGGGCGAUUUGGAUGAAGUUUCAGAAGCGUCCUACUUACUUUUCACCCAAGCUUCGGUCUGUUACAAGGCAACUGUAUUUAUGCUUAGUAAAGGUAAUCUAAAGGAAUUGCAAUUUUUUAUGGGGGCAGAAACUUUUAAACCGCAGAGUAAUCUUCAUAUUAAGAUAUUAGAAAAACAAGCACAAAGAAUAAAGAAACUCUGCGCAGUGUUUCUUACUAGUGCUUUGACGACGUGUACAUUGUGGGCAAUAAUGCCUCUCUUGGACUCGGCUGAAACAAGAUUCUUUCCGUUUAAAAUAUGGAUGCCGCUGGACCCGAAAUCAUCGCUGCAGUACCAGCUAGGCUACGUGUACCAGAUGACCAGCAUCUACAUCAGCGCGCUCCUUUUCUUCGCAGUGGAUAGCACCACGCUCUCAAUGAUCAUGUUCGGCUGUGCCCAACUUGAGAUUAUCAUCAAUAAGUUGGAGAAGUUACAAAAUGUAUCAAAGACAUCUAAAUCAACAGAAAAUCAGAACAAAUUAAAUGAAAAUAACGCGUUGUUUAUAGAAUGUGUACGACAACAUCAGGCUGUUAUAAAAUUUAUCGAAAUGCUGGAGAAUACAUAUCAUGCCAAUAUAUUUUUCCAACUGAGUGGAACGGUGGGAAUUAUCUGUAUUAUCGGACUUAGAAUAACGAUAACGGAACCAAACAGUGUCCAGUUCUACUCGAUGCUCAACUACAUGGUGACCAUGCUUUCCCAACUGCUUCUGUACUGCUGGUGUGGAAACGAACUAACAUCUACAAGCCAGGACCUCCGAACACAUCUGUACUUGUGUCCGUGGUACGAACAAGAUGCAUCAUUUCGUAGAUCCCUGGUAAUUGCGAUGGAGAGAAUGAAGAGACCAAUUAUAUUCAAAGCUGGGCACUAUAUACCGCUGUCACGACCCACCUUUGUGUCUAUACUGCGUUCAUCAUAUUCCUACUUUGCUGUCCUCAAUCAGGCAAAAAAUAAGUAA